AUGCUGGGCAGCCCCAUCCAAAUCUGGAGGCAGCAGGCCACGGUGCUAACGCGGCAAUACCCUGAGGCCUCCAGGAGAGCUUUCCAGCAGCACCGGGAUCAAGAAAAGGGCCCGAAACCCAUCAAAAAGCUCCAGGACACAUGCCAGCAAAAGAGUGGCGGGCUGCAUUCACCAGCUUCGGGCCCGCUGGGUGCUGGGUCUGCAGGAGAGGCUGGGCGCAAGAAGUGUAGGCGCCGCUCGAGGGGGCGGGGCGAGGGCCGCGGGGCGGGGCGUGGCCGGCGUCCUUGGCGAAGGGCCGGAGCCGGGGGUGUCUGUCGACCGCGAUGUCCUGCUGUGGGAGCGGCGCGGGGGGCGCACGGAGCCUCGGCCGCCUCCUCCUCCUCCGUGAGUGCCGCCGUGCAGAAAAAUGGAGUUCGGCAUUGUUCCUACACUGCAACACGAAGAAACCUUUACAUCACUAAAGACACAAAGGUCAUUUGUCAAGGCUUUACCGGCAGACAGGGUACCUUUCACAGUCAGCAGGCGCUGGAGUAUGGCACCAAUCUAGUAGGCGGAAUUUCGCCGGGCAAAGGAGGCAAAACUCAUUUGGGGCUUCCCGUCUUCAACUCGGUGCAAGAGGCAAAAGAACAAACGGGUGCGACUGCCUCUGCCGUAUACGUGCCACCUCCAUUUGCAGCUGCCGCCAUCACGGAAGCCAUUGAUGCCGAACUCCCCCUGGUGGUCUGCAUCACAGAAGGCAUUCCCCAGCAGGACAUGGUUCGAGUCAAGCACCGAUUGCUUCGCCAGAACAAGACGCGGCUCAUCGGCCCAAACUGCCCGGGAGUCAUCAACCCCGGAGAAUGUAAAAUCGGCAUCAUGCCCGGCCACAUUCACAAGAAAGGCAGAAUUGGUAUUGUAUCAAGAUCCGGCACCCUAACGUAUGAAGCUGUUCAUCAGACAACUCAAGUAGGGCUGGGACAAUCCUUUUGUGUUGGAAUCGGAGGAGACCCAUUCAACGGGACAAAUUUUAUCGAUUGUCUGGAGGUCUACCUGAAGGACCCAAAUACCCAUGGAAGGAGAUCAUCUCUGAUGAUAGAAGCGCAGGAUGCGGCUGGGAUGAUGCCGAAGAAGACGCUUCGUCAAUUCCUCAAAGAAAAAAAUAAAUAACUUGCUGUAAAGCCAG